AAACCAGUGUAGUCAUAAAACGAAGCAAGAGGGUGUGUGUGCUAGCUUAGCUGGUUAUUCUGAAGCCUUCCAUUGACAGUUGCAAGCUCGUUUCAUAGGCGAUUCACAGGCGUUUCUUUGCUGAAUGUCUUUGAUGUAAAUUUAAAUGCGCUUGUUGCAUUUCGCUUUAUAUUUGAACUGCUGGCGUUUACAAAGGUGUACAUAAAGUUAGCAUUAGCAUUCCAUAGGCUCGUUUGUUAGCGAAGAUAGCAGGCUAUGCUAAAUUGCCGGUUUGCCAUACAUCGUUUGACGAGUAGUCUUUGUUAUUUUUUGACUAAACUAGUGUUUCCUGACACAGUUUUAAAGUACACCAUCAUUUAUAGCGGCUAAAUAUUUAGCAGCAUAUUGCUUUCUUUUCACGAAACGUCAUACGAGUUUCCUCACCGCUGGAUAAGUAAUACCUGUAAAGUUCAGAGGCUUAUGAAGAUUUAGUCACACAAAACAUGGAGAAUAACGGUAUACAAAUAAUAAGUAAUCCAGCAGUGGACGUGCGCCUCACAAGUACGCUGACACAGUUUGAAUCAAGAAAGCGAUUCAAUCGGGGGUUAACCAUUGCAGACUUCAAGAGUAGGCUGGAGUUGGUGGUGGGUGUUCCGGCGACAUGCAUGGAUCUCGAACUCUACAGCGGCCUAGACAAAUUCUUGGUGAAGCUUUCGGAUGACGAUGCACUUCUAGGCUCAUACCCAGUGGAUGAUGACUGCAGAAUACACGUUAUAGACCGGAGUGGCGGUCAGGGGGCGGAGUUCGGCAACGUGGCAGAGGUUGAGAAGUACGAGAUUUCAGAGGACGCCUAUGCCAAGAGAGGAGAGUCUGUGCGGUCCUUCAUGAAAAAGAACAAGUUUGGUCGUUUCAACGAGGAAGAGAAGGCGAAGAAGGAUGAGGAGAGUAAGGCGGCGGAGGAGAAGGAGGAGGCGGCGUGUGCCAACAUCAGCGUGGGCAGCAGGUGCCAGGUCAGAGUGGUGGGGCAGCCCACUAAGCUCGGCAUGGUGAUGUAUGUGGGUACGACAGACUUUAAGCCCGGCUACUGGGUUGGGGUGAAGUACGACGAACCACUUGGAAAGCAUGACGGCACUGUCAGCGGGAAGCGGUACUUUGAAUGCGAGAUGAAGUACGGCGGGUUUGUGAGGCCCACUUCGGUGACUUGUGGAGAUUUCCCAGAGGAAGACUACCUGGACGAGAUGUAGAUCUGCUAACCAGUCGAGGGCCAAUCACCUGCGCACGCCAAGUCAUCCGCCACAGGGGGGCGCUAGCAUGGAAACGAUGGACUUUGUCGGGGUGCAUUUCUGGAAACCAUAGUUGCUAACUUCAUUAGCUACUUUGUUGUUUUCAAUGCAAUAUCCCAUUUUUUCCCAUCCCAAGUUGCUAACUGGCUAACAACUACGCUUUUGAGAAAUACACUCCUGAUGGCUAGAGCUUUGUAUUGAGGCUGGCUGAGAAGGCUCGAUGUGUAACUAACUAACUAACUUGUCAUUGUUUAGUGGUUUUUGUUGUCCAUUUUUGAUUUCCUUUUCUGGUCAAAAGGAGCUUGCUUUUCCAAUAACAGAAAUAAAAUCUCAAUCGUUUUAGGCAAAGUAAAUCUCACUUACCGAUAAACAGACACAUUGCUUCAGAAACCUGGCAGGACACAUAGUUAUUGCAGUUAGACUUGUGGCCUUUUUUUAAUCUUUCAACAACAAAACGGCGUACCGUCCCCUCCAAAUUGACUGGAAGAGUGACACCAAUUUCUUUUAAUUUUGUUGUAAAUUGAAAUAUUUUGGAUGUCAGGAUGUACAUAAUACAAAAAAAUGAAAACAUGAA